AGUAUUAGCAAUGACACAACAACAAUAGCAGUUAGUACCAGAUCCUGCAGACCAAUUGCAUACCAUUUAUCCGGCGCUGCUGUGUCACGGUCACUUUAAUAACCGGUUCAUUUUAAACACCGAUUCAUCGUUUAUAAAAAAAGUGCACUAAACAUUUCAUAACAGCAGAAUAUAAUUCAACAAUGAGUUAUGCUUGUCUAAUUGUUACUGCCAUAGUAGUGAUUAUCUUGUUAAAACUUGUGAAUAAAAUUAGGAACUUGUUUAAAAUUCCUGCCGUCCCGUACUUGGAAGAAACGUGGUGGGGUCCUCGAGAUAAAUCCGAAGAAGACGACUCCAUCAAACCAUUUACAAUAAAUAUAUCUGACGAGGUGAUCGAAGAUCUUCAGCACCGUUUGAAAAAGGCAAGACCAUUUAUACCACCCUUAGAAGGAAUUCAGCAACAGUAUGGCCUCAAUACGAAUCUUCUCAACAAAAUUGUUGAAUUUUGGCGCACUGAAUACAAUUGGAAGGAACGUGAAACCUUCCUCAACAAAUUUCCGCAGUUUGUGGUCAGUGUUCAAGGUCUGCGACUUCACUACAUCCACGUAAAACCGGAAAAUCCAGAGGGACGUAAGGUUCUACCGCUAUUGUUGUUGCAUGGAUGGCCGGGAUCAGUCCGGGAAUUUUAUGAUAUUAUUCCAAUGUUGACAACUCCACGACCUGGAUGUAACUUUGUUUUUGAAGUUAUAGCCCCAUCGCUUCCAGGAUACGGGUUCUCAGAAGCUGCGGUACGACCUGGGCUGGGAGCUAUUCAAGCGGCCCUGCUUUUCAAAAAUCUGAUGAUAAAAUUGGGUUUUCCUAAGUUUUAUAUUCAAGGAGGCGAUUGGGGGGCCAUUAUUAUUCACCACAUGGGAACUCUUUUCCCGGAACAAAUUCUUGGGCUUCAUUCGAAUAUGUGUUCCGUUAAUUCUCUAAAAUCAAACAUUAAGCUUUUCUUCUACAGUUUUUGGCCAACGUUGCUGGUAUCUCCAGAACAUGUUCAUAAAAUCUACCCUAGGUUGGCAAAACUAGCAAACUUGGUACUUGAGACUGGUUAUAUGCAUUUGCAAGCAACUAAACCAGAUACUGUUGGGGUUGCUCUGAAUGAUUCACCAGUUGGAUUGGCGGCUUACAUUAUAGAAAAAUUUAUUACCUGGACAAAUCCAGCAUGGAAAGAAUUGGAAGAUGGGGGUUUAACAAAAAAAUAUACCUACACUGCUCUUUUGGACAACGUCAUGAUAUAUUGGAUUACUAAUUCAAUUACAACCUCCAUGAGACUUUAUGCGGAAACUAUGAGUGCAGCAAAUAGAACAUUGCAAGUGGACAGUAUACCAGUCACCGUACCAACAGCUGCUGCACGAUUUACAUACGACCUGACGUAUUCACCCACAGUUUUAUUGAAAGAAAAGUUUCAGAACAUUGUCCAUGCAUCAGAUUACGACGCUGGACAUUUUGCAGCUUUUGAAGAACCUAAAAUAUUGUCCGACGAUAUUUUCACAGCUGUUGAAAAAAUGGAACUUUUUCAUAAAAAUCAACACAGUAGUUAAUUCUUUGUGCCAUUUGAAACAUUAAUUUUUAUGUAUCCCAAAUUACAUUAAAUUUCCUUAUAAUAUACUGCCUACCUGCUUAUGCAGUGGUCAAGUUUCUAAGUAUUCAAGUAUUUCUUUGUAAUUCUUAUUUUAAGAAGCAAAUAAAAACCAAUAAAACGU